GCCUGAAGACUCAUUUUGAAACAGAGGCACAAAGUAAAUCAGAAAUGGCCUAUUGAUUUAUACUUUAUAAAUAGAACUGUUAAAUUAGCUCACUUCCAUUUUCUUCAGUUUCAUUAUUGGCAACCAAGCUCGUUACUGGUGUUCAAAAACCCAGGAGGAAAGGAAGAAAGCAACCUGCGAACAAUAUGCUAAGAUGUUCGACAGUGAAGAGGCACUUCAACCAUAUCAUUAUGUCGACAAGAACUGGCCGGCAGAGAAGUAUUCUGGGGGAUGUUAUGUCAGCAUCAUGCCAUGCGGUGUAAUGACUCGCUUUUGCAAAGUCUUACGUGAACCAAUUGGUCGAGUAUACUUUGCUGGUACUGAAACUGCUACAGUUUGGUCGGGUUACAUGGAUGGUGCAGUUCAGGCAGGGGAGAGAGCUGCAAGGGAGGUGCUCCAUGCAAUGGGGAAGAUAACGGCAGAAGAGAUCCACCAAAUUGAGCCACCGUCAAAGGAAGUCCCCCCUGUUCCUUGCCAACUGACGACAUUUCAAAGCUGGCUGCCCACUGUGCCCAUGUUUCUUACCACUGUAACAGCAAUUGCCGCUUUAGCUGGUGGCCUUUCAUUGCGACAUUUCUUAAAAUGAGAAACAAGUAGAUAGGAAACUUGUGAAAUAUAUAAUCUGUAUUAUUUAGAACUGCUAAAUACCCAGCUCUCAUUUCACAAGUAUUGGUCAAAAAAAUACUCUCAAACAGUCAGAUAAUGAAAGUACCAAAUUUAUUUAUUCUUG